CGAGUACUUUGGCCUGAAGACAACCUGACGCAACAUCCGCUUCUGCGUCCUCGACUUGUACCCGACACAGUGGAAGUGUGUGUGUCUGGAUCAGCGCUGACGACCGACAAGGCGGAAGCAGGAAGACAGGACGUGACAGCGGAGGUUUGCCAGUCAACACAGCGUCUCUGCAGUCUGCCUCUCUGCCAGCACUCUCAUGUUGAAUAAUGGUGUCACUACACCGAGAAACUGUUAAUAUUAGUCUUCCCUCCGUGUCAGAGGAGCUCCCAUAUGCUUAAUUCAAACAGCGAGAGACAAGGACAUAAGGUUACACCAGCCCGGUGUCUCUCACUGUGUUGAGGGAAAAUGGCAUCAAGAAGCAGAUAUGUGCUGCAGAGAGUGUUGAGAGGACUCAGCGCUCACACUGCCUGCUACCACAGCUCGGUUCUCCGCUCCUGGCAAAGACGCCCUCUGUGGAAACCUCAGGUCAGACACCUGAGCUGCUCAGACACACUCUGCCUCUCUGACCCUCCCACCACAGGUCCCAGCAGUCUGUCACUCAGGAGUCACACCUGUGGUGAACUGACAUUACAUCAUUUGGGAGAGAAAGUCACCUUGUGUGGCUGGGUCCAAUACCUCAGACAGGACCUGUUUGUCAUCCUGCGAGAUUUCAGCGGCCAGACGCAAAUUCUCAUUCCUCAGGAAGAGUCUGCCAGUCAUUUGAAAGCAGUGCUGUGUAAUCUCGCCGUGGAGUCCGUCAUCAAGGUAACAGGAACAGUCAUACGACGACCAGUGGGACAGGAGAACAAGGGGAUGGCAACAGGAGAGAUAGAAAUCCUGGCCGAGGAUUUGGAGGUUUUCAACCUGUGCCGGAAGUUGCCCUUUGAAGUGAAAGACUUUGUCAAAAAAUCUGAAAUAUUGCGGAUGCAGUAUCGCUACCUGGACCUGAGGUCAGCUCAGAUGCAGAGGAACCUCAGACUGAGGUCUCAGCUGGUGAUGAAGAUGAGAGAAUACCUAUGUAAUGUGCACGGUUUUGUCGAUGUGGAAACUCCCACCUUGUUUAAAAGAACACCAGGGGGAGCUCAAGAGUUUGUGGUUCCAUCCAGAGAGCCGGGCAGGUUUUACUCUCUGCCUCAGAGCCCACAGCAAUUUAAACAGCUCCUGAUGGUGGCGGGUAUAGACCGGUACUUCCAGAUGGCCCGAUGCUACCGAGAUGAAGGCUCCAAACCAGACAGGCAGCCCGAGUUCACCCAGGUAGACAUAGAAAUGUCUUUUGUGGACGCAGCAGGUAUCAUGUCCCUGGUGGAGGGUUUGUUACAGUACUCCUGGCCUGCAGAGAAAGGCCCCAUCACGGUUCCUUUCCAAACCAUGACGUAUGAAGGGGCCAUGAGGGACUACGGUGUGGACAAGCCUGAUACCAGGUUCAACAUGAAGCUGAUCGAUGUCAGUGAGGUAUUCCUAUCCACCGAAAUUGACUUCCUCAGAUCAGUUCUCAGUCAACCAGAAGGCUCCGUUCAAGCAAUCAAAGUCACCAGUGCAGCGAAAUUAUUCACUGGGAAAGAUUUGGAAAAGCUGAAACAAACAGCUAAGACUUGCUUUGGUCAGGAGGUCAGCGUGGUGUUGGUCAAACAAGACGGGACGCUGAAGUCUCCGCUGAAGAAGCUGCUUUCUGUCUCAGCUGCAGAUGAGCUGCUGAAGAGGACUGGAGCCAAACCAGGAGACCUGCUGCUGCUGGCAGCCGGUCCACUCCACACUGUGCGCCCAUUGCUGGGUAAUCUCAGAUUACAGUGUGCAGAGCUCUUGGAGUUUCAUGGCAUCUCAGUCCGCAGCCCUUCAGCAUUUCACUUCCUGUGGGUUGUGGACUUCCCUCUGUUCUUGCCAAGUGAACAGGAGCCAGGGCAGCUGGAGUCUGCCCAUCAUCCAUUUACUGCUCCUCUGCCAGAGGACACACAGUUAUUAUACACAGAGCCACACAAGGUACGUGGGCAGCACUACGACCUGGUGUUGAAUGGUUGUGAGAUUGGAGGAGGCUCCAUCCGCAUCCACAAGGCCUCAGAACAGCUUCAUGUUUUAAAGAAUAUCCUCAAGGAGGAUCCCAAUCUUCUCUCUCACCUGCUGGAGGCUCUAGAUUCAGGUGCACCACCACAUGGAGGCAUUGCUCUCGGUUUGGACCGGCUGGUCUCCAUCAUGGUUGGAGCUCCUAGCAUCCGGGACGUAAUUGCCUUCCCCAAGUCCUCCCGGGGCACCGACCUCAUGAGCUGUGCCCCCAGCCUGGUGUCUGAGGAGGAGCUGAAGCAUUACCAUAUCUCUGUUAAAUGGCCAGCAGGUUGUGGACAAAAUGAAGAGGGGAAGUAAAGAGGCAAAGGCAGAAGAGAUUAACAGGCAUCAGAUGAAGAAGUGAGGUUUUCCCAGAUCUCUGUAACCCACACAACAGAGGAAAGGGUGUGGGGAGAUGGAGACGGAGAUGAGCAGACAUUUAACAGGCUGCGUGGAGACUGAAGCCUAUAAAGAUGUCUGUCAACUGGCGAAAGAUAUGUGGAGGAGGCGAUGUUGUGGCUGCAUCUCAGAACGGCAACUCUGAAUGAAAGAGAAAUAUGAACAUGCCUUCAGUAUGGAAAUCUCAAACACUGGCUGUUUGAACCAAGAAGAAAAGCUUACAACCAAGACUCUCCGAUAACAAUCAACACUUAAGGUUUAUAGAUACUGAAUAUCUGUUAUGCCUUGAUUGAUGUGAUUAAAAUAAUCCUACUAUAGAAACGUAUCAGGAAAUGAUUAACAAUUCUCUCUGUUCGGAGUGAAACUUAUGGACUCCAUUGACUCUAAAGAGCUGCUUAUUUUGUACUGGUUUGUGUUAUAUAAUGUUCGUUAUGUGGUUUUAGAGUGUUGAACCUUAAUAAAAACAAAACUUGAAAGAAA